AUGGUUGUGUAUGUCGAUGAUAUAGUCAUUACAAGUGAAGAUUAUGAUGUAAUUGCGGGACUUAAGCAACAUCUACUCUAUCACUUUCAAGUCAAAGAUAAAAAGAAUUAUGGUAUUUUAUUGGAAUUGAGGUGGCUCAUUAUAAGGCAAGAGUUGUUAUUUCCCAAACACAAAUAUGUUUUGGAUAUCUUAGAAGAAACUGGUAUACUAGAUUGUAAGCCAAUUGACACCCAUAUGGAUUCAAAUAUCAAAUUCCUAAGAGAUCGUGGAUGGUCUUUUUCAGAUCCUGGAACAUAUAAGAGGUACUGUAUUCUUAUUGGUGGAAAUUUAACUUCAAAGAAAAGUAAGAAGCAAAAUGCCAUAGUUAAAUAUAAUGUUGAAGUUGAAUAUCAAGCUAUGACACAUGCUACCCAAGAGCUCAUAUGGCUCAAUCAUCUUCUCCAAGAGUUGAACUUUUGUAAAAUAGGCAUUAUGAGUGUCAUUUAUGAUAAUCAAGCAACAUUACAUAUUGCCUCUAAAUCAAUCUUUUAUGAACGAACUAAGCAUAUUGAGGUUGUUUGUCAUUUUAUUUGUGAGAAGCUUGUGUCAGGUGAGAUUAUUACUUAA